AUGCCGCAGACAAAUGGUUUUGCACCGAGCACCAACGGCCACAGUGGCUACGAGAUGGAGGAUGGAUGUUCGUUCCUGUUCACGUCCGAAUCGGUUGGAGAGGGUCACCCUGACAAAAUGUGUGACCAGAUUAGUGACGCAAUUUUGGACGCACAUCUUGAACAGGACCCAAAUGCAAAGGUUGCAUGCGAGACCAUUUCCAAAACGGGCAUGAUUUUGCUGUGUGGCGAAAUUACCUCGAAGGCCGUCAUCGAUUAUCAGCGCGUUGUACGCGAAACAGUGAAGCACAUUGGUUACGAUGAUUCGUCCAAAGGUUUCGAUUAUCGUACGCUGAAUCUGCUGGUAGCAAUCGAACAGCAGUCGGAAAACAUUGCCCAAGGAGUGCACGUCGAUCGCGAUGAGGACAGCGUCGGUGCAGGCGAUCAGGGUCUCAUGUUCGGAUAUGCUACCGAUGAAACCGAGGAGUGCAUGCCGCUGACCGUCGUGUUGGCCCAUCGGUUGAACGAAAAGAUUGCGGAACUGCGCCGCAGUGGCGAUUUCUGGUGGGCACGGCCCGACUCCAAGACUCAGGUUACCGCCGAAUACAUCUUCGAGUCCGGUGCCUGCAUUCCGCAGCGUGUGCACACGGUCGUGGUGUCACUGCAGCACUCCGACAAGAUUACGCUCGAGGAUCUGCGCAAGGAAAUUAUGGACAAGGUCAUCAAGGACGUAAUCCCGGCCAAGUACUUCGACGCAAACACGAUCGUGCACAUCAAUCCGUGCGGGCUGUUCAUCAUCGGUGGACCGCAGGGCGACGCAGGACUUACGGGGCGUAAAAUCAUCGUCGACACGUAUGGCGGCUGGGGUGCGCACGGUGGUGGCGCUUUCUCGGGCAAGGACUUUACGAAGGUCGAUCGUUCGGCUGCGUAUGCCGCUCGUUGGGUGGCAAAGUCGCUUGUGAAGGCUGGCAUUUGUAGGCGAUGCUUGGUGCAGGUCGCAUAUGCUAUCGGGCUGGCAGAACCACUGUCCAUCACUGUGUUCCACUACGGAACGUCCAAGUACAACCAGCAGGAACUGUUGAAGAUUGUGUCGGAUAACUUCGAUCUGCGUCCGGGCAAAAUUGUAAAGGACUUGAAGCUGCGUACUCCCUUCUACCAGCGCACCAGCACUUACGGCCAUUUCGGUCGCUCCGGUUUCCCGUGGGAGGAACCGAAGGAGCUUGUCGUUGAAUGAUGCCGUACGGAUGCGGUCGAGCCACAGCCGCC